AUGGAGCGGUUCAAGUACAACAGCGCGGUUGAGGCCUUCCGCGAUGAGGAAUAUCCAAUGCUGCAGGACUCCGUAUAUCUGGAUCAUGCCGGGUCUACGCUAUGUUCAAAGUCUCUUAUGGAUGCGUUUGCCAAAGAGAUGACCUCGGUGCUUUACGGGAACCCCCAUUCCGGAUCAUCACCAUCGCAGCGCUCUUCGUCACGGAUUGACCAAGUGCGCGUCCGCCUUUUGGACUUUUUCAAGGCCGACCCUGAUCAAUAUGAUUUGGUCUUUGUGGCGAAUGCAACCGCUGGCGUAAAGCUGGUGGUUGAGGGCAUGAGGUCCUUGCCUGAGGGCUACGUGCUUGCCUAUCAUCAAGCCUGUCACACCAGUGUGGUAGGGGCAAGAGAAGAAGCACACGAAAGCGUCUGCCUCGACGACAGCGGAGUGCAGUCCUGGCUUGGCGGAAAGAGUCCAUUCAAGCCGAAGACUGGUGGCUCUCCCGCAACGUUAUUCGCCUAUUCUGCCCAGUCUCAUAUGGACGGGAGGCGAUAUCCGCUGUCAUGGGCGAAGCAGUUGAAGCACAGCGAGGCUCAAUCUUCAUCGCGGACGUUGGUCCUCUUGGAUGUGGCAUCCUUGAGUGCCACCUCCCAGCUAGACCUUUCCGACCCUCGGUUUGCUGCCGACUUUGUUGUCACAAGCUUGUACAAGAUAUUUGGAUUCCCUGACUUGGGCGUUCUGCUGGUUCGUCGCUCUGCUGAGUCUGUAUUCGACCGCCGAAGAUAUUUCGGGGGCGGCACGGUAGACGUCGUGCUCUGUGGAGACGAGCAGUGGCAUGCUCCAAAGUCAUACUCUCUUCACGAACGCCUGGAGGAUGGGACUCUCCCUUUCCAUAGCAUCAUCGCCACCGACAUGGCGAUAUCGGCUCACCAACGGAUGUUCGGCUCGAUGGACCGGAUCAGCGCUCACACGGCAUAUCUCAGCCGCGAGCUAUGUCGAGGCCUGCAUAGCUUACGGCACGCAAAUGGGAGCCCUGUUUGCCACAUUUAUUCUGAGAUACCAGACGAUGCAACACCUGUGGAAGCUGGUCCGGUUGUCUCUUUCAACCUCAGGGAUAGCCGUGGCUUGUGGAUAGGACUUGCUGAGUUUGAGAAGCUGGCUGUUCUCAGGAAGAUGCAUAUCAGAACAGGAGGCUUGUGCAGCCCUGCGGCGCUUGCGUCUGCCCUUGAACUGCAGCCUUGGGAGUUGAAGCGAAACCUUUCUGCUGGCAUUCGCUGUGGUGAGGAUGGUGACCGAUGUACCAACAAGCCCACCGGCAUCAUACGUGCUAGUUUUGGGGCGAUGAAUACUCGAUCGGACGUCUCUCGCUUCCUCGCCUUUGUGCAGGAAUUCUUCGUUGAACAGAGCUUGAGAAUACCCGGCGAGGUAAGCCCUACUUUGAGGUCGAAGCCGCCUAGUACGCCGUCAAACUUGCAGGUCAAGGCUAUCACGGUGUAUCCGAUCAAGAGCUGUAGUGGCUACACGAUUCCACCUGGAGUGUGCUGGGAGGUGAGGCCAGAAGGGCUUGCCUGGGAUCGUGAAUGGUGUCUGGUCCACCGAGGAUCAGGCCAAGCUCUCAGCCAGAAACGGUACCCCCGAAUGGCCCUCCUUCAACCUUUGCUGCUUUUCGACGAGAAUGUGCUACGUGUGAAAUACCGCGGCACAACCGCCAAAGGGCAACCUACCCAAGUGGACAUCUCGCUAUCCAACAAUCCUUCUGACUAUGACGUCGAUUUUCGACAAACAAGCUCGAGGGUUUGUGGCGAGAACAUCUCUGCGCACUCAUAUCUCUCCGAAGAGAUCAACAGUUUCUUCAGCAACUCCUUGGGGGUUCCGUGUAUGUUGGCAAGGUUUCCGGCGGGAGGACGUGGAGCCAGCAGCAGGCUCUCAAAGGCUCGAUUGCAGAAGCACCAGAGGACCGAAAAGGCCCCAAGCGGACAGCCGUCUCCUUUCCCCGGCGUCCCAUCUCCGCCCGACUCGGAUUCGGAACAGCAAGUUCAGCCAGGGAAGAUUUUACUUUCCAACGAGAGUCCGAUGCUCAUGAUAAGCAGCUCGAGUGUGGAGAUGCUGAACCAAGCCAUCACCGAAUCUGGAGCAUCUGCCGUGGAUGAAUCCGUGUUUCGAGCAAAUGUCGUAAUUGAGGCCGUUCCAGGGCAGCGCAGUCCACCGCCUUACUCGGAGGAUUCGUGGAGGAGGAUCCGCAUUGGAGACCAUGGCUUCAAAAUGUUGGGGGCCUGCCAGCGAUGCCAGAUGGUCUGUGUUGAUCAAACGACUGGGGAGAGAAGGCAAGAGCCGUUUGUCACCCUGGCGAAAACAAGACGACUGAACGGCAAGGUCUACUUCGGUACACACAUGCGGCACGAGCAGCUGGAUGAGAGCGCAGAAUCGGAUGCCGUGAGGCCGACGAUACAGGUUGGAGAUGCAGUAGUUGUGGAUGAGCAGGAGGAGGGGGAGGGAGCGGAAGAACGAGAGAACGCGGAGGGGGGAGCAUCAAACGGAGCUUGA